AUGGCUGCCAGUCACUCGGUGUACACCGGUUUUUGGAUCAAUUGGAGUCAAGGCUCAAUCGGCGGCGCCACUUUGACGCUCUCGUCUCAACAUGGAGCCUAUUUGGUCGCUUUCCUGGCUCUGUUUGUGCAGUUAGCCGGAGUGUACAGCUGGCAAAUUCUAUCCUACAUCUUCUUCAACUUGAAAACUUCGCCUCAGAGGACGGAUGACCUAACACAGCAGCAUCUCGCCAUCCUUCGUAACGUCGCUUCUGACUUCGGCACACUCUGGGAGUUGGUCAAAGCCAGCUGGAAAGCACGCCACUCUCAUCCUAGGCCGUAUCGUCGAAUUCUGUACAUCUUGGCAUCGGCUUUUCUACAUGGUCUUGGGUUCACGAUCGCCGGCAUCAUAUCUUCUCGGGUGACCACCACGACUUCGGAGGCUUUGUUACGAUCCAACAUAUGUGGCACCUGGCACACACCGCCAUACGACCGGAACCAAACAGACCAGAGUCUUGAAGAUGCUCUGUGGGAGGACAAGUGGGAUACUGUACUGCGUGAAAGCUCCAACUUCGCGGCUCGUUGCUACAACACCACGGCACCGUCAUCGAACUGUAAUGCUUACGGUCGACGGAUCAUACCUUUCGCUACCUCCACGCAUUCUGGUUGUCCAUUCGACCCUAGCAUGUGCGUCAAUGACACAGUUGUCAGGCUGGACUCCGGAUAUGUCGACUCUCUACAGCAUCUUGGUAUCAAUAGUCCACCGUCUGGCCGUGUCGGCUUCCGCAAAGUCGUCGAAUGCGCGCCAAUCAAAACCGAGGGUUACAGGAGAACUUUCGACGCCCAAAACUUAACCCAGGACGCUAUCGACUUGAUCUCCGAAAUUGACAGUGUUCAAGGCCAUUCUUUUGAAGCAUUCUAUUACGGUCGGAGUCUAGCCUGGGACACAGAGGCUACAUAUGUUCUUAGCAACAACUCCUUUGAGACUUCGGCGGGUUCGUUCUUCGUCCCGUAUCGCAUGCAGUAAGUAGGCAGCCGUGUAGAGUUCCACUGUCUGAGGGACUCACUGACAGCUUACAGCGCUGAAACAGCGGUUCCUUACCGGCUUGGUGCGGACAGCGUCUUCACCAGUUUCAUACCAAUACCAGAACUCAACCGCACCGACGCCGAAGUGGUCCUCCUCUUCCUGGCCAACAAAGCCUUUUACACGUCACCUGUCGCAGACCCAUGGUUCGACGCCCGAGUUCCAAUAGGAUUGAAUAUCAGUGUCGGGAAAGGCUACGACUUCGACAUGUACUCACCACGCCAGUCGGUCGCCGUGCUCGGAUGCACCGACAAGACUGAGAUUUGCAAUCCGCUCAUCGAUGGAGGGCUCAAUUGCACGGCUAUACCAGCACACCUCUUCACUGACAAUCUCGACGUCCUCAAUCAACAACUGAACCUGACCUCCCAACAGUUCAGCAUACUCAAGCGCUUCUCGGAUCCACUCACGAAUUCAAUAGACACCAGCUUUGCAGAAAAUGGUGACGGCGGCCUUCUUGCAGGGGAUUUAACGGACAACUACAUCUCAGCGGGACUACCGGACAACCAAUGGAUACUCGAGCUUCAGAAUUGGUUCGUCAUCUUCCUUACCAUGGUCCAAAUACGGGUUUCAGACUACGUCGGUGGAUUUGAUAAUCCUCAAUUCAACAGAUAUAUCGUUGCACCAACACCCGACGAGCAAUGGAUGUGCUCAAAUCAAGUGGCACAACGCGACGACUACGCCUCAUUCAGUGUUCUUGGACUCGUCAUCAUCUUCUGCCUAGGACACGCGAUCAUGAUUCUCAAUCUACUCUUGGGCCGAGUGAACUUUGUGUGGCUCAAGCGGAUGAAGGGCAAUGAAUAUCGCGCAGCACAGUGGAAAGCAAUGGAGUUACUUGAGCUUCAGCGCGCCGCUUGCACAUCCGGACUCGAGCCACAUGAAAACCACAAGAGCGAUUCCGACUCCCGCCUUUCGUCUCCGAGUACUGCUGAAUCACGGCAUAUGUCGCACGUUGAGGAUGUCAAUAAAGAAGGACAAAGCAAAGAAGUCCCCAGAGUCGCUUCUAGCGUGGACACGGCAGAUUUGGAAUCGCAGUACGAUUUACUCGCACCAAGGUUGGUCCAUUUGAUACUACGUUCUUAA